GAUUAAGUUGUGGCACAUCCAGACAAUGGAAUAUUAUUCAAUGAGCUAUCAAGACAUGGAGGAACCUUAAAAUGCAUAUUGUUAAUGAAAGAAGCUAGCCCCAAAAGGCUAUAUAUACUGUAUGAUUCCAACUACAGGAAAGGCAAAACUAUAAAGAAAAUAAAAAGAACAGCAGGUGUCUUGGGCACGGUGAUAGGUGGAACACAGUGGAUUUUUAGGGCAGUGACACCAUUCUGUAUAAUAUUAUAAUAAUUAAUAAUAUAAUAAUAUAAUGGUGGAUAGAUGGCAGUAUGCAUUUGUCAGCCUGUGGAACUGUGUAAUACAAAGAGUUAACCCUAAUGUAAACUGUGCAUUUUAGUUAGUAAUAAUUUGUCAAUAUUGUUUCAUUAAUUAUAACAAAAGUACCAUACUAAUGCAAUGUUAAUAACAGGAGAAACUUACAAGAGGGGUACCUUUCUGCUCAAUCUUUCUAUGAAGGUAAAACUUCUCUAAAAAAACAAAGUCUACUCAUAAAACUACCAAGUAAAGUUUAAAAAUAGUUUGUAGUUAGAUACAACAGAAUCAUAUCCAAAAGCAAAAAAACAAAAAACAAACAAAAAACCCACCAAAAACAAAACACAAAACAAAAAAACCCCUGUGUAUAACUUUGGUUAAAUAAUCUUCCCCUCCCUUGUAUCUCUAGUUGUUUUUAAAUUUUUUUUCAUUUAUCUUACAUUUUAUCUCAUCAACCUGUAGCUAGUAAUGGGUGGUUAAAAAAAUAAACAGUGAGUUUGGCAAUCUCUGUGGCACACGAACAUUUCCAGCCGUGAGGGGCAGGUAGACAGCAGGAGAACUGCCCACCCUGUGAGCGACAAGUUCUCUUCUUCCUGCCCACAUCAUACCCCCUUUUCCUUUCACCCUAGCUUUAGCUUUAGCUGGGUCCCACCUGGCUUUUGACAGCAGACAGGAACUGAAGGUGAAGGUGGGGCUGGUAACCAGUAUGCUUUUAGCAUUGUGCUAAAUGCUUUAUUUCUGUAUAUCUUUUAAACCUCACAGCAAUUCCCAUUUUGCAGAUGAAGAGAGGAGAUCACAAGAGGAGAGAAGAUCCAUAGCCACACAGUCUGACUGCAAUUGAUCACUAGGUGAACUUGAAUGUGUAUGAGUCUCUGUCCUAACCUGUCCCCGCAACCAGCUGUGGGAUAGGUGGGAUAGGGAGCCAUUUGGAGAGUGCAGCUGUCUGCUUCGGGAAGUGAGGUCUACAGCAACGAGGAGAAUCUUCCAGAGCUGCCUCGCACUGUGACAUGUCUGAGCCCUUGCUCCAGUCCCUGCAACAUGAACAAGGUGGACACUCACUGACCUGUCACAAGGUUGCCCUGCAAAGCUUUGGGGUCCAUGUCUGAAUGGAUUGCUGUAGCCUUCUCAUCUCUCCCUUCGCCCAGUUCCCUGCAUCCUAAGACUCGAAGCCAGCACAGAGCCUGGAAAAAUUACAUGGUGUGAACGGCAUGUCUGUGGAUGAGAAGCCUGACUCCCCCAUGUAUGUGUAUGAGUCCACAGUCCACUGCACCAACAUCCUCCUGGGCCUCAAUGACCAACGGAAAAAGGAUAUUCUCUGUGACGUGACUCUGAUCGUGGAAAGGAAGGAGUUCCGGGCCCACCGGGCUGUGCUGGCCGCAUGCAGUGAAUACUUCUGGCAGGCGCUGGUUGGACAGACGAAAAAUGACUUGGUGGUCAGCUUGCCUGAGGAGGUCACGGCCAGGGGCUUCGGGCCGCUGUUACAGUUUGCCUACACCGCCAAGCUAUUACUCAGCAGAGAAAACAUCCGCGAGGUCAUCCGCUGCGCCGAGUUCCUGCGCAUGCAUAACCUGGAGGACUCCUGCUUCAGCUUCCUGCAGACCCAGCUCCUGAACAGCGAGGAUGGCCUGUUCGUGUGCCGAAAGGACGCUGCGUGCCCCCGCGCGCACGAGGACCGUGAGAACUCCGCGGGGGAGGAGGAGGAGGAAGAGGAGGAGACGAUGGACUUGGACACGGCCAAGGUGGCUUGCCCCAGGGACCAGAUGCUUCCAGACCCCAUCAGCUUUGAGGCCGCUGCCAUCCCAGUAGCAGAGAAGGAAGAAGCUUUGCUGCCCGAGUCCGAUGUGCCGCCUGACAGCAAGGAGAGCUCCGAGAAGGACGCGUUAAGGCAGUACCCCAGAUACAAGAAAUACCAGCUUGCAUGUACCAAGAAUGUCUAUAAUGCAUCAUCACACAGUACCUCAGGUUUUGCAAGCACAUUCAGUGAAGAUAACUCUGGCAACAGCCUCAAGCCGGGGCUUGCCAUGGGGCAGAUUAAAAGUGAGCCGCCCAGUGAAGAGAACGAGGAAGAGAGCAUCGCGCUCUGCCUGUCCGGAGAUGAGCCUGACAUCAAGGACAGAGCGGGGGACGUCGAAAUGGACCGGAAACAGCCCAGCCCUGCCCCCGCCCCCGCCCCCCCUGCCGGGGCCACCUGCCUGGAGAGAUCCGGGAGUGUGUCCUCCCCCUCCUGCUUAAGGUCUCUGUUCAUAACAAAAAGUGUGGAGUUGUCUGGCCUGCCCGGUACCUCUCAGCAGCACUUUGCCAGGAGUUCAGCGUGCCCUUUUGACAAGGGGAUCACUCAGGGUGACCUUAAAACUGACUACACCCCUUUCCCGGGGAGUUACGGACAGCCCCACCUGGGCCAGAAGGACGUGUCCAACUUCACCAUGGGGUCGCCCCUCAAGGGGCCUGGGUUGGAGGCUCUCUGUAAACAGGAAGGAGAGCUGGACCGGAGAAGUGUGAUCUUCUCCUCGAGCGCUUGUGACCAAGUGAGCACUGCGGUGCAUUCAUAUUCUGGGGUAAGCAGUUUGGACAAAGACCUCUCUGAGCCGGUGCCAAAGGGUCUGUGGGUGGGGGCUGGCCAGUCCCUCCCCAGCUCACAGGCCUACUCCCACGGUGGGCUGAUGGCUGACCAUUUGCCAGGAAGGAUACGGCCCAACACUAGCUGCCCGGUGCCAAUCAAAGUCUGUCCUCGCUCACCCCCCUUGGAGACCAGGACCAGGACCUCCAGCUCGUGCUCUUCCUAUUCCUACGCAGAGGACGGGAGUGGGGGCUCACCCUGCAGCCUCCCUCUCUGUGAGUUCUCCUCCUCGCCCUGUUCCCAGGGAGCCAGAUUCCUUGCCACAGAACAUCAGGAACCAGGCCUGAUGGGAGAUGGAAUGUACAACCAAGUCCGACCCCAAAUUAAAUGUGAGCAGUCUUAUGGAACCAACUCCAGCGACGAAUCCGGAUCGUUCUCGGAAGCAGACAGUGAGUCGUGUCCUGUGCAGGACAGGGGCCAGGAGGUCAAACUUCCCUUUCCUGUAGAUCAAAUCACAGAUCUUCCAAGGAAUGAUUUCCAGAUGAUGAUUAAGAUGCACAAGCUAACCUCAGAACAGUUAGAGUUCAUUCACGACGUCCGACGGCGCAGCAAGAACCGCAUCGCGGCCCAGCGCUGCCGCAAGAGGAAACUGGACUGUAUUCAGAAUUUAGAAUGUGAAAUCCGCAAAUUGGUGUGUGAGAAAGAGAAGCUGUUGUCAGAGAGGAACCAGCUGAAAGCCUGCAUGGGGGAGCUGCUGGACAACUUCUCCUGCCUUUCCCAGGAAGUGUGCCGCGACAUCCAGAGCCCCGAGCAGAUCCAGGCCCUGCACCGGUACUGCCCCGUCCUCAGACCCGUGGGCCUCCCCGCAGCCUCCAGUAUUAACCCUGCGCCCUUGAGCGUGGAGCAGAACCUGGCCGCCUCCCAGUGCGCGGUGGGGGAAAGCGCCCCCUGCUGCCUGGAGCCGGGAGCGGCUCCCCCCGGGCCCCCCUGGGUGCCCGGCAACACCUCGGAAAACUGUACUUCCGGGAGGAGGCCGGAAGGCGCUGACCCCGGAACCUUCUCGGAGAGAGGGCCUCCUCUUGAAUCCAGGAGCCAGACGGUGACCGUGGAUUUCUGCCAGGAAAUGACUGAUAAGUGUACGACCGACGAACAGCCCAGGAAAGAUUACACCUAGUGACGCGGCCUGCCUCCCAGUUCUCACGCCUCUCCCACCCAGGUGUUCUCCGGUCAGCCUGUGGUGCUGCUCAUCUGUUGUCUGGAAGAACCGAGAAGGAAUUUGGUGCACACUACAGCGUUCUUAGCAGCAAUACUGUUUCUGAGUAUUCCCUCCUCUCUUCAAGCGGGAGUGAUAUACAGUUCCCUUCACAAUGGUGCUACCCCUUGCUCAGGCGAGGAAAGACGGGCGGUGCUGACGCUGCCUGUCUGUGGGUUAAUUUCAGUCUCAACAGGGAUAGACUAGAACACCUCUAGGACCCAACCACGGAUUUUUUUUCUCAGUGGCCCAUGUCACAAACCCUAUCUCAGGAAUUUCUUCUGAAUGUUCAAUUUUUUUCAUUGAAGACAGCUUCUAUACACAUCAAAGUUUUAUAGCUAGACUGUACAUAUUAUAUAUAAUAUAUAUAUAUAUAAGAUAUAUAUAUAUCCAUAUGCAAAAGUCCUGCAUGCCUCAAUUUUCUCAUCCUAAAACUGGAAAACUUCAUUUCUCAUUUAUAAACAGGUUCCAACAUUCCUCUUCUUUUGUCUCCGAUGCUAGAACUAGUUUGAUAACUGUUAACAUGGUCAUUUUUCUUGCUUCACAGUUCAAUUUCAAUUUGUACUUAUUUAUGGAACAGAAUUCAAUGUUGGAAACUUCUUUUGAGGUUUUAUUUCAGACCCUUUUUUUGUUUGUUUGGUUUGCUUUGGGCACCGUCAGAUGGUGUCAUCUGAGUGUUGUGGGUUGUUUUUUUGUUUUUGUUUUUCUUGCAGAUACUGUACAGUCAUGGUCAACUUUGCCACUUGCACUGAGUUUUGGGUCAAACCUAUUUUCUUAAAUGAAGUUGUUAACUUCGGUAUAACUCGAGUAUACUGUAUAUUCUUUGCUUUUAGUUUAAAAGUAAGACAUUUUAGCUAAUUAAAAAGCACUCAGGUGAUAAUUAUGUAGGAAAAAUAAUCUUGCCAAAUAAUGAAUUCAUCCUAGGAUGUGUAGACAAUAAUCUGCUUGAAUAUUUUUAUAUUUCACCUCCUCCCCACCUUUCCCAGAAGCAAAGUUUAAAUGCAGAGAGUUCAGAGUUGAUGCUGGAUGUUCAGACUCCUAAGUGGGGAGAGAGUUUGGACGUCCACUCAAAAGUGCAUCCAAACAGCAGGAACCCAUGAUUUUGUACCAGAACUCAGCAGGCAUUGGCUCCUAAAAAUCAAGUUAGAACUAUUUUCUCACCCAGGGGGCAAGUCCCAUUCAUUUCAACCCAUCCUCAGGCCCCUGCCUGCCCGUGAAAGUGCAGUGCAGGAGGAAUUUCUUGGAAGGAUUUGUCUGAUCAGCCACCCCACUCCCUUGCCCAGGCCCCAGCUCCCAGGACAUCUCACCUGAGUGGGUUUGAAUCACAGCGCCAGGCGUCCUGGGUUAAUGCAGUUCACCCAGAGUAGGAGAGAGCAGGGCACAUGUAAGCCUGGGGUCUGUCCCUAAUACAGGCAAAAGCAUUUCUUUCUCCCUCCCUUCUCCAAAUGCUUUGAGUUGAAUUCUGAGGUUUUUCUGCUCGUCUCUUGUCCAAAGGCAGAUUUCAUUCUGAGGCUUUGGAUACAGUAUGGCCAAGGAGCCCUCCCUAUCCCCUUCCCCCACCACACACACACCUACCCUCACCUGAUGAUAAUUUUCUUCUCUUGCUGCAAAACUGGUUGGCUUGCAACCCACAGAGAGCAGCUUCCCUUGGCUCUGGGGGCAUGCUGGCCCCUGGCCACGUUUACAGGAAGAUGUGCCCAAGACCCUGCCGCCAGCCUAAGAGGAGGAGGAAUCCGCUCCCUCCCUCCGGUCGGCCCUCCAGCCUGGCUGCAGGUAGAGUCCUGAAAGGUUUGAUGUGGGGAUGGGGUGGUGGGCAGUGGGGACUAGAUGGUUGACUUUGUUUCUUUAUUUGUGCCAUUGUUUGGACAAUAUUAAAGCUGCAUGUAAAAGGGGAAAUUAGUAUAUGACGUAGGCGAAAAGUGAAAUCAUAGUAACAUAUGUUUUAGUAUUAUUAACUCUUUUCUGUACAAAUAUUAGCGCUAAAUGUUUAAAUAUGUAUGAAUGCCAGAAAUUUGUUGGUUCAUGCGGUAGGAUAAAAAAAAAAAAAAGGCUUUUCUUUUAAAAUAGUUCCGCUUUUAAAACCUGCCUCUGGGUUUUUGUUUUUUCUCAUGUGCGUGUGUAUGUAUGUGUGCUAGUCUGAGUCAGAUUUUGGUAAAGCUCAGCGUUGGAGCUGCCAUUUUUAUUAUGGUUGUUGGAAUUUCUUGGCCUAGUGAAACGGUUCUGUGCUUCACCGUGGGGUUUGCCUUUGUGGAAAACUGGUGACAGCUGGAAUUUAAAUUCAAUGUGAAUCAUGUGAUACAUCACAGGUGAUAUACAUCCACAGGUGUUAAUGGUGGAGGAGUCAGCCAACAGUAUUGUUUAACUCUCGUGUUGCCUUUUUUAAGUGACCUCCUCUUCUUUUGAAAAAAGAAUGUUUUCUGCUAGUAUCAUAACCAGGUCCAAACAAGCUCGCUGGCAUGACUUACCCUGGCGACAACUCAUGUGCAACUGGUAGUCUUGACCACAUUCCAUCAGUCUCCCCGCUGUCUGUUUGGUCCGCACACACACACCUGUGCCACGGCCAUUUCCAGGUGGGGAGGGGUCUCCUUAUUUCCCUCCACCCUAACUCAGCCCACAUCCUCCUUCCACCCACCCCCGCCUCGCUUUUCUCCCCCUUCCCCGAUCAAACCCCUACAAUGGGUCUGGUUAAAAACACUGCUUGGAAAACUGUCUUUCCAUUUCUUAGAGAUUUUUAACAGGUUGUUAUGAUUUUGUUCACUAUGUACCAUAAACAGUGACUGGCUUUGUGCAAUUGUCUAUGUGACUCGUCUUGUCUUUUACUACCCUGAACCAUGUGUUCAUCCAAAUUGUUUCUGGGUUGAUUCAAAGGGAGGACUAGUUGGGGACCAGAAUCCAAAUUGCCUCAAGUGGAGUUUUAAGAACCAGCCUGUCUCCUUUCCCUGGGAUCCCUUAGUGAGGCCCAUGUCUUUUAUGAAAAAGAAAAGCAAGUUAAUAGCAAAGAACAGUGUUUGCACAGCAUGGUGGCAUUUAAUUGUGCUUUUAAGGGUCCUUCCUUACAAAAAUAAAGGACCCUGCUGCCAUGGCCUGCUUAGGAGGAUCCCUGCCACAGCCGAGUUGGGUCUCCAAAAACGUAGGCGUGAGCCGUUGGGGCAGGAACGGUGGAGGUGGCCCUGUGGCUGGUUAACAUCCGCCUGGAUCUAGUCCUCCCCUUGGAUCCACCUUUGUUCUACUUGUGUGUCCAGACAACCUCACUUCAUUCAGGUUGGUCAGGCUUUGGGCAGGUGAGUGCUUUGCUGUAUGUGUUUGUUUCUCUGCGUUAUCUGGGGGUGCCUUGAAUAAAAAUCAAACUUCAUUACAUACUGAUUCUGGAACAAAACAGUUGCGAAAACAAAACAAAAGAGCUGUCAAACUUACUAGGCCAUCCUGCUAUUUCUAUUCCGGGUUCCCUACCAAUGACUCAGGCGUCAGAGGUGAUGCUGCAGUAUAAAACAUUAUUUUGUAUAUUGUACAAGUAAUUUAUUAACUGUCUUUCUAAAAGUAUGCUGCUUUUAAGAUGCACUAUGACUUUGGAUUUAAUCCUUGUAUUGCUUUCCUGAGGAAGUAAAAAAAAAAAAAAAAAGGCUAGUGAUUAGAAUGCCAGCUGCCACUUCUCCUUAAAAAGGAGGCCAGGGACCAGCUCUAGGACUUGCAUGAGAGAACCGCCAGACAUCGAGUGGGCACAAUGUGAAGUUCAAAGCUAUUAUCAAGAGGUCUAGGAGCGCCUGGCUGGUUCAGUCAGUAAAGCAUGCGACUCUUGAUCUCGGGGUUGUAAGUUU